AUGCUCUGGCUCCGGUGCUGCGGCCUCACCCAGCUCCUGUCGUUUCGCUCCGCCUCCACCAUCUCCCAGCUCAGCCGCCUCAUCUCCGCCGCCGUCUCCCCGAACCCUAGCUUUGCCGUGGAGGACUACCUUGUCUCCACCUGCGGCCUCACCCGAGCGCAGGCCCUCAAGGCCUCCGCUAAGCUCUCCCACCUCAAGUCCCCUUCCAAGCCUGACGCCGUCCUCGCCUUCCUCGCCGGCCUCGGCCUCUCCGCCGCCGAUGUCGCCGCCCUCGUCGCCAGGGACCCGCUGUUCCUCUGUGCCAAAGUGGAGAAAACCCUGGCACCCAAUGUCGCGGAGCUCACCGGCCUCGGUCUCUCACUUUCUCAGAUCGCGCGCCUCGUCUCGCUCCCCAGUGUCACUUUCCGCUACAGAUCCAUCGUCUCCACGCUGGAGUACUUCUUGCCCCUCUUCAGGUCCUCCGAGAACCUCCUUCGAGCCCUACCUCGAGCGGGUGGCUCCAUUCUCGGGUCCAACCUCGAGCGGGUGGUCAAGCCCAAUGUCGCCUUCCUGCGCGAGUGCGGGCUAGGUGCUUGUGAUAUUGCCAGGCUCUGCAUACCUACGCCAUCGCUGCUCAGCAUCAGCCCGGAACGCAUCCGGACAGCAGUGGCGUGCGUCGAAGGUCUUCUUGGUGUACCCCGUGGAUCUCCGAUGUUCAAGCAUGCGUUACAAGCUGUUGCAUUCCUCAGCGAGGAGAAAAUCACCACCAAAGUGGAGCACUUGAAGAAAACCUUCAAGUGGUCGGAUGCUGAGGUGGGCAUUGCUGUUUCUAAGGCUCCAACAGUGCUACAUAGGACUAAGGAAUCGCUGCAGCGCAGGUCUGAGUUCCUCAUCUCCGAGGUGGGGUUGGAACCGGCAUAUAUUGCUUGUCGUCCGGUAAUACUCAUGUACAGCUUGGAGGGCCGGCUCAGACCCCGAUACUACGUCAUCAGAUUUCUCAAGGAAAAUGGAUUGCUAGAUCACGACCGGGACUACUAUGCUGCAGUCAUGAUCAGCGAGAAGGUAUUCGUCGAGAAGUUCAUAUGCCCUCAUAAGGAUGCUGCACCGCAUCUCGCUGAAGAUUAUGCAACAGCUUGCAGAGCGGAGGUUCCAGCUAGAUUCAGUUUUACAUGA